GACAGCUACAGGCUGUCUUACACCUCCGGACGCUACUUCUUGGACAAUGGCGCUACAGAGAGCGACAUCACACACAGACUGGAUGCGCCGUUCGACAAAGCCUACUGCCUCCGACUCGCUCGUCAGGGCGGCCGCUGCUACGUGGUUGCCGAGGACA